AUGAGUUCUCUCGGAAGCGCAAAUAAUGACUUUGAGAGCGAAGAGCGUGGUGCACAACAGAGGGCACACGACUCCAAUCGUGGGAUAAGAAGAGGUCGAAGACGUGGCUGGCGUAAUAAUAGAGAGAACUUAACACCUAGUGCUCGUUCACAUGCAGAGGCUAGUUCACAAGGACAAUCAUCAAAUAAUCAUUUGCAACAAUCAAGCAUUAAUACAGUAAACGGCACUUCAAAGAGUAAUAAUGACAGGAACGCGAAUGUCAAUUUGAAUGAUUCUGAAAGCGUAGCUACCGCGAGCCUCAAAAAUGUGAAUCAAGAGCAUCAGACAGGUUCCGAAGACAUAAAAAACACUACAGAAACGACGCCCACGCAUACCGACCGUCCAUUAAACCAAGACUCACAUUUAGCUUCAACAUCAUAUACCAACUCUAGAAGCAAUAAUCAACGUGGCAGACCGAAUAGGAGGACAGAUCGCUCUUCAAUUGCUGGGCGACGAGGAGGGCCGAGCCGGACACAACCGAGAGAGGAACCAUUUACCGAGACGAGUCGAUCGGGGACAUCGAUGCGGACGGGGAUGCGGGGCCAGGGGCGGUGGAAACGCAGGUCAGAAGAAACGAGCUCGUCGGGAGUUGCGUCGUCAUCCGAAACACACUGCGACCCUUCUCAACAAACUAGUACAAACACAACCACACGGACAAUUGGCUCAUCUUCAACGUCCACGAACAAUCCUCACGCUUUUCCUCGUGCACCCCGUGCACCCCGCCCACCCCGGACCCGUCGUCCACCCCGCCCAAAUGCGUCUGCAUCAGUUUCAUCUACCACUGACGUGCUAUCGUCCAUAACUCAUGGCUUAUCAACUUCCACUUACGAAUGUAUGAUCUGCUGCGAAGUCAUCCGGCCUUCACAUAAAACGUGGUUUUGCUCUACGUGUUGGGCGGUAUUCCACCUGCAUUGUGCUCAGAAAUGGGCGAGGAAGUCAAUGACUGACAUCGGAUCAUCCGUAUCAGGAGAGAUAAAUGCGGACCGAAAUUGGAGAUGUCCAGGAUGUCAGAAUAGAAACACAGAUAUUCCAACAGAGUACAAGUGUUUUUGUGGAAAGUCAAAGGAUCCGGAAAUGAAUAGAUAUAUUACACCGCAUAGCUGUGGAGACGUAUGUGGACGUCCCAGAGAGUGUCCACAUAGUUGUGUACUAAACAAAUCAUUCGAAUGGUUAUUCUUGCGGAGAACCAUGUGGCAAGAGUGUACAAUGCAUUCUUGUGAGACGUCAUGCCAUGCAGGUCCAUGCCCGCCUUGUGAUACAAUUCAAAUGCAACAUUGUUAUUGUGGCAAAUCCACACGCGAAGCUAAAUGUGGACAAGGUGAUGCGGUUGCCUGUAAAGAUGGUUCAGCUGAACGGUUUGGAUAUUAUGCAUGUGAAAAACUCUGCGACAGACUUCUCGCAUGCGGCGUACAUAGAUGCGAAUCCAGAUGUCAUCCUAUUUCUGCAGUUGAGCCCUGCCCUCGUGACCCAUCUCUUGUGACUACCUGCCCUUGCGGUAAACGCACAAUUCAUUCUCUCUUGAAGCGACAGCGCGUCUCCUGUCAAGAAGACAUCCCUCUUUGCGGAAGUUCAUGUAACAAACAGCUUCCAUGCGGUCAUCUAUGUCAAGACUUUUGUCAUUCGGGGGAUUGUAAGCCUUGCGAGGUUCUCACAAAGGUCAAGUGCAGGUGUGGAAGUAUGGAAUUCGAACGUAUUUGUAAGGAUGUUUCUAGUGCGAACGAAUCACUGGAGUGUGAAAGAAUAUGUCAUACGCUGAGAGAAUGUGGAAGACAUGAGUGCGGUAAACGGUGUUGUCCAUCGAUUAAUAAGGUGAAAGUCGGGAGAAGAGGUUUUAAUAGGCGAGCUAAUGAGGAAAUAGAUGAGAAUCACAGAUGUACUCUGAUUUGUGGGAAGAACCUUAAAUGCGGAAAUCAUACUUGUCAGAUACUUUGUCAUCGAGGACAUUGUCCUCCAUGCUUAGAGGCUUCAUUUGAUGAGUUGACAUGCGCUUGUGGUCGAACGAAAGUGUAUCCUCCAAUUUCAUGCGGCAUGAAAUUACCUUCUUGUCCGUAUACGUGUACACGUUCUCCACCUUGUGGUCAUAGUGAAAUUACCCAUCCUUGUCAUGAAGAUGGCCAGCCGUGCCCUCCGUGUCCGUCAUUAGUCAACAAGUUAUGUAUGUGCGGGAAGACGGUCGUAAAGAGCGUUCCUUGUCACCAGACAACAGUCAGUUGUGGUCGUAUCUGUGAUCUUCCCAUUUCAUGUGGUGGGCAUAGGUGUAAGCGUUCCUGUCACUCGGGUAACUGUUUGAUUGGCGAGAAUGGUUUAAAUGGAAAAUGCGCACAGAAGUGCGGUAAGAUAAAAGUUUGCGGGCAUGAAUGUACAGCUGAAUGUCAUGCUCCUGCUAGGUGCCCUGAAGACGUCCCUUGCGAGACGAUGAUGGUCGUUAAGUGUCAGUGUGGGAGAAUCAGUAAGGAGAUUAAAUGUAAUGCGACUGUAGAGAACGCGGGUGAGAUUAUGAAUAGACAUUUGGGAUGUGAUGAGGCAUGUGCUCUUGCUGAGCGUAAUCGUAGACUUGCAGAGGCAUUGGAAAUCGAUAGUGAUGACACCUCCAAGAUUGAAAUUGAAUAUGAAGAGAAUUUGGUGAAUAUGUAUAGUAAGAAUAAGGUGUGGGCUAAGAAUCUUGAGAAUGUGAUAGGUGAAUUUAUCACAUCUGAUAAGCAAACAUUGAAUCUUCCGGCAAUGAAAGGUCCAUUUCGGAAGUUUGUACACGAGUUGUGUGGUCACUAUCGAUUAGCAUCGGAAAGUGUUGAUGUUGAGCCAUAUAGAAGUGUAAUAUUAAGGAAAAAACCCGAGUCAAGAAUUCCUUCACUAUUAUUAUCACAAGCGGCGAUUAGUCCUAAUCAGGCUAGCCAAUCAACAUCUACAACGGCAUCUGUAACAGCAACAAGCGUUCGCAAGCCUAAACAGCCAGUAAAUGCCCUCUAUCUCUCCGAAUUGUCUUGUGGGCUCAGCAAAGAGGAAUGUCAAAAGCAUGUUGAGCCACUUAUGGGAAAACUCAGUUUUGUCAUUAAAUGGGUGAAUGAGAACGACGCGUAUAUUCUACCGUCUAUGACUGCAAUGGGAAUGGAUGAAGUAGAAUUAACGCUCACCAGACUCAAACAUGCACUAAACGAUGGACUAAAGGGUAUUGCUCAAUCUGUUGAACUAUGCUGGGUUAAUUCCAAAUACGAAGUAAUAAGUAGAGAGAAGAACAAUGUGAUUAGUAACGCAUUCUUUGAGGGCGAAAGCAAAACUAGAGUAACCCAGGCGACUGUUCGCGAUGCGGAUCCUAUUCCUGUUGGAAUCAAUCCUUUUGGUGUGUUGAUGACCGUAGGCGACCACGAUUCAACCGUGUCCGAUGAUUCAUCUGACAGAGUUCUUUUGUCUACGUCGAACAACAAGAGUGGAAACGAUGAGACAAAGAACGAAGCGCGGACUGUUUCACCUUCUGAUGACGUCGUUGACGAUUGGGAGUUAUUAAGUGAUGAAGAAUAG